AUGGAUCUGUUGAUGUCAUCGCCCCCAGAAUGCUUUAGCAUGCAUCAGAUGACAACCCCACCUGAGGCUCAAGAUAUGCCCACCAGUGUUCAUUCAACUCCACAAUCAACACAAUCACUGCCUCGUUCAGUCUUUUCAACCUCCUGCAGUAUCUUUGGAGGAUCUCCUCCUCAAUACCAUCAACGCUCAAUCAGUCGGAACAGUGCAUCUGACGAUCAAUCGCUUCAUAAUGAAUCCGUCGAUGAGGCCGACACCACCAUUCGUGGGCUAACUCGAACAUUAUCAGUAGUAUCGAUCCCGAUCUUUUUCGUCAACAAGCGGUCGAGUUCUGGAUCUGAAGCUGUCGGAUUAGGUUUUGACCACUUGGAUCCUACGCCCAAGUCAAACCAAAUUCUUACCGAUUCCAGCUCAUCACAUUUAGUCGUUGAAGCGAACAGCGAGUGUGCUCGCGUGUCUCGAAAUUUGUCUACAUCUUCCACAUCUACCACCGACUCUGAAGGCUCCUUGCGACGGUUGUCAACCUACUCUGGAUUGACCACAGGAUCCACUGCUUCUAGCUUUUAUACUGAGCCUCCAACACCCUCUGACGGAACCUUCGCAGCCUCGCAGCCUGGUGGUCAUAGCAACCCAAUUGGACACGAACGCGAAAACAGUGAAUCAAGUGCAUUCAGCAUCAGCGCGUACUACGGAAGUUCAGACUGCACAGAAGAAACUCCAAUCGAGACCCUCAACACACUACUUGCCCCAAUCGACAUCUGUCACAUAGACCAGCAACCUAUCUUGCCUCCCUCCCCGCUCAAAACAAUCAUCCCGACUUUGAUCUCGACGCCACCUACUGAUCGUACUCCGACACAAGCUUCCCCUAAGAAGUCCUCAGAUUCUGCUGACACCCCGCGAACCAAAUUCAAACCGAAACAGCGAAAGCUCUUUGGUAACGAAUAUCGUUGGCCAGCUCAAGGAGAAAAAAGUGGCGUGUCCGUUCAAUUGAUUGACCCACCUUGUCCUCCAGAUGCACUUGUCCAUACGCAUACGGAGUUCAACGGCCCCACUGAUUUUCAUCUAGCACAAUCAUACCAGAAAUCGACACCUAUCCCUCAUCUCAAGAUUAGCGUCCCAACGGGCUUAGACCAACGUCGCGGAUCACCACCACACGCCCCCUUGCGCGUUGUCCCGUUUCCGCAGGAGAAUUCGCGCGAGCUUGAUAUAGAAAGCGCUCGCACGGCCUUGACUAAUCACAACAUCAUCACCCUCGUUCAACGUCCAUCUUUAGAGUGCAUUUCUCCUUCGUCAUCCAGCACUAUGUGCCAACAAGUCUUACACCCUUCAACUGUCUCUCCUUCAUUCUAUUCAAACCCGUCUACAGCUGUUAGUUUUCAACAACCUAGAACGGACUCUAAUGUGUCUCAGUAUGCAUUUCCUACUUCUCAAGACCACGACAGUUCAGAUCUACCAGUUGGCGAACUUUUUCGAACACUUCAAAUUUGGUUUGAUCAAGAAGGUUUCCGUGAAAUCGCCCCCAUCUUCACAUUCGAUCGUUAUAACCCCGAGGAUGACCUGUUGUACUUUACCACCCAACGCGUUGGUUAUCCGUUUCAUUACACCACCUUCCAACAACUUCCUGCUCUUCGUAAGGUUGUAGCACCUGAUUACGAAGAAGCUUAUGCUCUCCUCGAGGGUAAGAGUUCACGGAAUGCAGCUGGCCGUCGAGACUUUCUUAGUCGUCAGGCAAGCCUUGAUAUGAAAACACCAGGAAAGUACGUGGUUGAGGAUACUGAGGGUAAAGGAGGAAAGUGGAUCUGGAGACUAGUCUACGAGGUUGAAGAUCGUAAGAGUUUGAUGGGAAAGCCCAUGGCUGGUGAAAGAGCUUUCAUUCCUAUCACUUUUGCCUGUUCGCCUGAGAUCCUUGAUCCCAGCCAUGCUCGCAAGCCAACUCUAAUGAAUGCCAUCAUGAAGAACAUGGGUUCAAAGACUUUAGCACUGGCUUUGGAUGCCGAUGGUAGGCCUAAGCCACGACCUCGCGGCAAGUCACUCAUGGGCCACCAACGUCGAGAUCGGUCAGACUCGUCUACACGUCUCAUUGGUACCUCGCCACGUUAUCCACCAAGCUCUAAUUCUUCAAACUGCGAGCUCGUCCCAUCUCCUCAGACACCUAAAUCAAACAAGACUAGCGCAGGCACGCAGAAUGAUGACGAGCUCUCGCGAGCACAAGCACAUUUCUUCAAAACCAUCUCGCCCGCCUCUUCCAGUCGACUGAGACCAAACACUGCUCAAGCUACUGGUGAUCCUCGACGCAGUCUUCGUCGACCCAAGACCAGUGAACAUCUCCGCCGCCCGGUCACCGCUGAUCCGUUUGCACCACCUCUACCUACUCGACCUAUCAUCACGCCUGUGUUCGGUCUUGCUCCUCAACCCACUCGGGAAACGCCUAAUACGAUGGGAAAUCGAUUUAACUAUCGCCCUAAAACAGCAGAUCAACGUCGGCCCGUCACCCCGAAGGCUAAGAUCGAUAUCCAACGGAUCGCUGCCGCUAGUCUCUUCCACCCUGUUGAUUUGAGGCAUUGA